AUGGAGCAGUGGCGGCAGUGCGGCCGCUGGCUCAUCGACUGCAAGGUCCUGCCGCCCAACCACCGGGUCGUGUGGCCCUCGGCCGUGGUCUUCGACCUGGCCCAGGCGCUGCGCGACGGCGUCCUUCUGUGCCAGCUGCUGCACAACCUCUCCCCCGGCUCCAUCGACCUCAAGGACGUCAACUUCCGGCCGCAGAUGUCCCAGUUCCUGUGUUUGAAGAAUAUCCGCACCUUCCUUAAAGUCUGCCAUGACAAAUUUGGACUCAGGAACAGCGAGCUGUUUGACCCCUUCGACCUCUUCGACGUCCGAGACUUUGGGAAGGUCAUCUCGGCCGUGUCGAGGCUCUCCCUGCACAACUUGGCUCAGACCAAAGGGAUCAGGCCCUUCCCCUGGGAGGAGACCGCGGAGAAUGACGAUGACGCCUACCGCAGCCUGGAGGAGCUGGCAGAUGAGCAUGACGUGGGGGAGGACAUCUACGACUGCGUCCCGUGCGAGGAUGAAGGGGACGACAUUUAUGAGGACAUCAUCAAGGUGGAAGUGCAGCAGCCCAUGAUUAGAUACAUGCAGAAAAUGGGCAUGACGGAGGACGACAAGAGAAACUGCUGCCUGCUGGAGAUCCAGGAGACGGAAGCCAAGUACUACCGGACCCUGGAGGACAUCGAGAAGAACUACGUGACCCCUCUGAGGCUGGUGCUGAGCCCGGCGGACAUGGCGGCCAUCUUCGUCAACCUGGAGGACCUAAUUAAGGUGCAUCACAGCUUCCUGAGGGCCAUCGACGUGUCCAUGAUGGCGGGGGGCAGCACGCUGGCCAAGGUCUUCCUGGACUUCAAGGAAAGGCUCCUGAUCUACGGGGAGUACUGCAGCCGAUUGGAGCACGCCCAGAGCACGCUGAGCCAGCUCCUGGCCAGCAGGGAGGACUUCAGACAGAAAGUCGAGGAAUGCACCCUGAAGGUCCAAGACGGGAAGUUUAAGCUGCAGGAUCUGCUGGUGGUCCCCAUGCAGAGGGUGCUCAAAUACCACCUGCUCCUCAAGGAACUUCUGAGCCAUUCCACCGACCGGCCCGAGAGGCAGCAGCUCAAAGAAGCGCUGGAGGCCAUGCAGGACCUGGCAAUGUACAUCAACGAAGUUAAACGGGACAAGGAGACCCUGAAGAAAAUCGGCGAGUUUCAGAGCUCCAUAGAGAACCUGCAGGUGAAACUGGAGGAAUUUGGGAGACCAAAGAUCGACGGGGAACUGAAGGUCCGGUCCAUAGUCAACCACACCAAGCAAGACAGGUACCUGUUCCUGUUUGACAAGGCGGUCAUUGUGUGCAAGAGGAGGGGCGACAGCUACGAGCUGAAGGAGAUCAUCGAGCUGCUUUUCCACAAGAUGACCGACGACCCCAUGAACAACAAGGACGUCAAGAAGUCUCACGGGAAAAUGUGGUCCUACGGCUUCUAUCUAAUUCACCUUCAAGGCAAGCAAGGUUUCCAGUUUUUCUGCAAGACAGAAGACAUGAAGAGGAAGUGGACAGAACAGUUUGAGAUGGCCAUGUCAAAUAUCAAGCCAGACAAAGCCAACGCCAACCAGCACAGCUUCCAGAUGUACACGUUUGAUAAGACCACCAACUGCAAAGCUUGCAGGAUGUUCCUCAGAGGCACCUUCUACCAGGGUUACCUGUGCACCAAGUGUGGCGUCGGGGCACACAAGGAGUGCCUGGAGGUGACCCCUCCCUGCAAGAUCAGUUCUCCUGCAGACCUGGACACCUCUGGAGCGGGGCCAGGUCCCAAGAUGGUGGCCGUGCAGAAUUACCAUGGCAACCCUGCUCCCCCCGGGAAGCCGGUGCUGACCUUCCAGACGGGUGAUGUGAUUGAGCUACUGAGAGGCGACCCUGAGUCUCAGUGGUGGGAGGGUCGGUUGGUGCAAACCAGGAAGUCAGGUUACUUCCCUAGCUCGUCUGUGAAGCCCUGUCCAGUGGAUGGAAGGCCGCCCAUCAGCCGGCCGCCGUCCCGGGAUAUGGACUACACCGCAUACCCCUGGUUUGCCGGCAACAUGGAACGGCAGCAGACCGACAACCUGCUCAAAUCCCACGCCAGCGGGACCUACCUAAUCAGGGAGCGGCCGGCCGAGGCCGAGCGCUUUGCCAUAAGCAUCAAAUUCAAUGACGAGGUGAAACACAUCAAGGUGGUGGAGACGGACAGCUGGGUGCACAUCACCGAAGCCAAGAAAUUUGAAAGCCUCUCAGAGCUGGUAGAGUACUACCAGUGCCACUCGCUCAAGGAGAGCUUCAAGCAGCUGGACACCACGCUCAAGUACCCCUACAAGUCACGGGAACGCGUGGCCUCUAGGGCCUCCAGCCGGUCCCCAGCUUCCUGCGCUUCCUACAACUUUUCUUUUCUCAGUCCUCAGGGCUUCAGCCUUGCUUCUCAGGGCUCCUCCGUGCCCUUCUGGCCAGUGUUUGCGCCCCGCGUCAUCGGCACGGCCGUGGCCAGGUACAACUUUGCUGCCCGGGACCUGCGGGAGCUCUCGCUGCGAGAAGGCGACGUGGUGAAGAUCUACAGCCGCAUCGGUGGGGACCAGGGCUGGUGGAAGGGCGAGACCAACGGCCGGAUUGGCUGGUUUCCUUCAACGUACGUAGAGGAAGAGGGCAUCCAGUGA